AUGGCGGCUCCGGGCUUUCCCCCAGCUGCGGCGCCCCCGGCCGCGCCCGCACUGGCGGCGACCAUCAUGACGCCGUUCGUGGAUCUGGCGGACCGCGUCGUCCGGCCUUUCCUGGACGGGGUGGAGAUCGCCGGCACCGUGCACCAGGCGCCGGAGGCGGAGCAGGCGGUCGUCGAGGCUAUCCUGCACCACAUGUGGGCUGAGGCGCACAAGCAGUGGGCCACCCACAUCGCGGUCCCGGCACCGGUGACCACGCCGGCCUCGUCGGCGGCUGCCCCUGGAGCGGUGGUGCCGGCCCUGCCCGGCGACAAGCCGCCGAAGACGUUCCCGGAGCCGCUGGUCAAGCGGUACAACGAGGAGUACACGGCGGUCGGCUUGGGAGAGAUUUUGCAGCGGCGCACCUUCAUGGCGGCCAUGGAGGUGAACCCGCUGGCGAUCACAAGGGGGGUCCUCGGCGUCAUCGACGGCAUCGAGGCGGUGCGCUGGGCGUGGACCCUCACCGGCGUGGCCACGGAGAAAGGGGCGGCGGAGUACGCCCAGUGGUGGACGUCGAAGGCCCGGCAGCGCCCAUCCCAGCUCGAGGCGAUCACGGAGUACUGGGACGCGUCCUCCCGGCGCCUGGCAAUGCAGAUGAACAAGGUCAGCGAGGGCUUCAACCCGCCCGACCCGGAGACGGACGGCCCGCACGGCCCCACGGCGCACCAGGGGUACCAGCCCGGGCCCGGGCCGCAGAAGGUGAAGAAGAACCGAAUGUGGUCGGCGUCGGCCAAGGAGGUGUCCGACUGCCUCGGCGUGGAACCGGCGCUGGUGUGCGCCUCCGAUUUUGGGUGGAUCUCGCGGCCGAGACUGUGGUGGCUCUCGGCGGACCUCCGGCAGCACACGGAGGACCCGGCCACCGGCGCCCCCCUGGUCUGGACCAAGAAGGGGCCAUUCCAUCGUCUUCGGCUGGAGGAGGCCAGGGCGGCGGCGAGCACACUGCUCCCGGUGGGCAUGGCCUUUCACCCGGCAGUGGCGUCGAGCAGGCUGCUCCUGCCAUGGCGCCGAAGAGAGCCAGGGGCGAGAGCCAGGUGGCUGGCGGACUCCCGGCAAUUCGCCCCCUGGCACUACACAGAGGAGGCGAUGCUACAUGACGAGGCCGGCCGGCUCCACAACAUCCCCGUCGGCGUCAAGGAGGCUCUCCACCACAUGCCGGGGGGGUACACGGACCUCGGCGACGGAGAAGACAGGACCGCACAGGAUGGUGGCCAAUGGGUGGCACUGGGGAGUGGCCCGGCGCCUCUUGGCAAUGCUCAUGGCCCUUACUGUGGCACAGCCGGCGGAGGCGUCGGUGCCAGUAGCACCGAGGACCACCACGGUGGCGGCGGCAGGCACUUCAACUGA